GGCACUCACGACCAACUCAAUCCCCACCCCUCACCGACUUUCCACAACCUCCCCUUUCUAACAAAACCCAAUAAAAAUACCAUGGCUGAAGCCCCUGCUGGAGGUGCUCGCGGCGGUGCCGGAGGAUUCGGAGCUCGCGGAGGAGACCGUGGACGUGGUCGUGGACGUCGUGGUCCCCGUCGUGGAGCUAAGAGCGAGGAGAAGGAAUGGCAACCAGUUACCAAGCUUGGACGCCUUGUAAAGCUUGGAAAGAUAAAGAGCAUGGAGGAGAUCUACCUCCACUCUUUGCCAAUCAAGGAGUACCAGAUUGUGGACUUUUUCUUGCCCAAGCUGAAGGAUGAGGUUAUGAAGAUUAAACCUGUCCAGAAGCAAACCCGUGCCGGUCAGCGUACCCGCUUCAAGGCUAUCGUUGUUAUCGGCGACAGCGAAGGGCAUGUUGGUCUCGGAAUCAAGACCUCCAAGGAAGUCGCUACUGCUAUCCGCGCCGCUAUCAUCAUUGCAAAGCUUUCUGUUCUCCCCAUCCGUCGCGGGUACUGGGGUACCUCCCUCGGAGAGCCACACUCUCUUGCCGCUAAGGAGUCUGGAAAGUGCGGUUCAGUUACCGUCAGACUGAUUCCUGCUCCCCGUGGAACCGGUCUUGUCGCCUCUCCCGCCGUCAAGCGUCUUCUCCAGCUCGCCGGUGUCCAGGAUGUCUACACAGCCUCCUCAGGAUCUACCAAGACACUCGAGAACACCCUCAAGGCUACCUUUACUGCCGUUGGGAACACUUACGCUUUCUUGACACCCAACCUCUGGAAGGAGACAAAACUGCUGAGGAGCCCCCUAGAGGAGUUCGGUGACCAGUUGAAGAGCAAGGAGAGGUAUUAAAUGUUUUUCAAAAUGGGAAUGGGGAGUUUCGAUUCUUUGUCAUUGUAGGGUUGGGGAUAUUCAAAAAAAAAUCCAAACCA